AUGGCGCCUUUUACACAAGCCAUCACCUUCAACUCAGUACCAUCAUCAAAUUUGGACUUCUCAAAUUUAGGCAGGAUCGGCAUAGUCGGAGAUUUCGAUGGAAUUUCACUCUACGAAUAUGAGGGGCAGAAUGAGAGCUCUCGCAACUCUAAUGGCAGCGAGUCACUUCUAGCUCAAUUGCCCAACGGUGCUUUCACCUCAAUAUUAUCUAGCGAUGCCUCGAUACGAGCCAUGUGCUCAUUCCAACUCAGUAACGGAGAAAUGCAGGGAGUGGUAAUAGGUGGUAAUUUCACGAGUUUGGACGGUACACAAUCGAAGGCAGUCGCAUUAUUCAACCCCAAUACGGCCGAAAUCACACCUCUGGACGGAAUCGAAGGCGAGGUCAACGCCGUGUAUUGCGACCAGGAGCGAGACACGGUCUAUGUGGGUGGUAAUUUUAAGGGUGCCAACUCCACGAACGCAAUCGCAUGGGUCGGUACAGAUGGAUGGACAAACUUGCCUUUUGCUGGUUUCAACGGUCCCGUCAAGGCUAUCACGAAAGCCUCUAACGGGCACAUCAUCUUUGGUGGAACCUUUACAGGUCUAGGAAAUUCGAGCGCCCCAAACGAAUCCAUCAGUCAGGUUAUCAAUCUCUCGACGGCAAACAUCACCGAUGAUAAUGGUUCUUCGGGAACUGACCCCCAAGAUAUUGUCUGCCCCGGAUCUUCAUCAAGCUCUUGGUUGUUACAAGAUAAUACGCCUGGGUAUUGGGAAGCUGCUUUCUCCUUCGGUUUUGAGCCCUCCAAACUCAGGCUUAAAAAUACCCGCCAGGAUGGCCGCGGCACCAAGACCUUCCGCUUCGUCGCUUACCCUAUCGACGGAAUUAUGAAUCUAACAUAUGUCGACCCAGAGAGCGGUAAUAACGUUACCUGCACUAGCGAGUGCCCUCUUCUUGACAACGACGAUUACCAAGAGUUCACGUUUGUGAACCGUGUUGGCAUGAAUAGGUUCCGCCUCGCUGUUUCUGAUUGGUAUGGCACCGGUGGUGGGCUGGAGGCUAUCGAGUUAUAUCAGAGCGACAUCUAUGCUUAUGCUAUCUCUGACUUUAACGAACCGAAAUGCGGCGGAAUCAAGAACCCUUCUUCAGCUACUCACACCGGACCUUGGAAGGUUUCCCCAUCUUUGGAGAGCAGUUCUGAGUACCUGGUUGCUGAGCUUGAUGGCGAUUAUGAUCCCGAAUCGGUCUCCGUCACAUUCUAUCCCAAUAUCAUGGAAUCUGGCAAUUAUUCUGUGAAUAUUUACACCCCAGGUUGUCGAGCCGAUGAUACCUGCGAUUCGAGAGGUCGUGUUAAUAUCACAGGCAUCAUGUCAGGUGACGAUGGCAAGGACACCAACUUUACUUCACAAUUAUUCCAAACGAAUUACUUCGACAAAUACGACCAGAUCUACUUCGGAUAUAUUGAGAAAAGUUCGGGAUCUUUCAAGCCCUCGGUAACCCUUCGCCCGGUUGCUGGUCAAGUUGACCCCUUGACCGUUGUCGCCCAGAGGGUCGAAUUCACUCUUACCAAUUCUACUGGUGGCCUCAAUGGUCUUUUCGACUUCGACCCUGAACAAGCCGUCGUCAACACAUCAAGCCUUACAAGCUCACCAAUCAACAAGCUCGGUGCCAGCUUUGACAGGAGCUCUGGUGUGUCUGUUCUUGUGACUGAUAGCAACACCACCUAUGUUGGCGGUAACUUCACCUCAAGGGAUCACGAUAACAUCCUCGCUAUUAUUGAAAAUGACGAUGUCAAGGAACCCGGUGGUGGUCUCAAUGGCGAAGUUUUCGCCAUGUAUCUCAACGACACGCAGCUUUAUGUUGGUGGAGACUUUUCCAACACUGACAAUGGCCCCGUCACAGGCCUGGACAACAUUGCCGUCUACGAUACCGAAGAGGACAAAUGGAGUCCCCUAGGUGCCGGCGUAGACGGUCCCGUGAAGUACGCUGUGCCGUUGAUGGUCAACAUCACCGCGAAUACGCCUGAACUAGUGAUUGCAUUCACUGGCAGUUUUUCUUCGUGCAAUGCUUUCGAUGAUUACGAUGCCAUUUCAGUGGACGGCUUCGCCAUCUGGGUGGCCUCCAAGAGCAAUUGGUUACAGAAUCUUGACGGCAACUACCCUGCAUUUGGUGGCUCACUCACAGCCGCUGUUCUUGACAUUCCUAUGGACGGUGGAUCACUUUACGCCGGUGCUCUUUCGUCCGCACAGCUCGGGGCAGGUGGUGCUGCCACACUCUCAGAUGAGGGUCUCGGCCAGUUCCCUCUCAAGAUUCGCACCUCCACGUCUGAAUCUAAGUCUUCUUCAUUAAGUCGCCGAGAUGUAACAUCAUUCGAUAAGAACACCACUGGCGUGGUAACCGGUAUUUUCUACGACGAUAACGACUACAACAUCACUGUCCUCGCAGGUCAUUUCACUACUGAGUCGACAAAGGGCGAACAGAUCCAGAAUAUCGCCCUUCUCGAGGACGAUACCGUGACUGGACUUGGAUCCGAUAUUUCCAAUAGUUCCACUUUCGUCGCUCUUGCUGUUCGCGACGGAAUCUUGUUUGCAGGUGGCGAUAUCAGUGGUACCAUUGAUGGAACCGAUAUUCGUGGUCUUGUCUCCUACGAUCUUGAAUCAAAAUCGUUCAACUCGCAGCCUGCUUCUGUUUCGGGCGCCAAUGGUACUGUUGCAGCUAUUGCCGUUCGUCCCGGUGAUUCUGGUGACAUCUAUGUUGGCGGCUCAUUCGAUACUGCCGGUGCUUUGGACUGCCCUGGUCUUUGUACCUACAACGUCAACUCUGGACAGUGGAACCGCCCAGGGAGUCAACUCGAGGGCACUGUCUUCAGCUUGUUGUGGAUGAGCAAAAACCAACUUGUUGUUGGUGGUGAUCUCCGCGGUAACGGGUCGAGCCAGCGCUAUCUCUCAAGCUGGGACGCAAAUGCUGAGUCUUGGUCCAACUUUCCUGGUUCUGAAGACAUUCCCGGCCCUAUCUCAGUCAUCUCUCCUGGAUCCAGCGAUUACGAACAACUCUGGGUGGCUGGUACUUCCAGUGAGGAUGACUCUGUCUUUAUCAUGAAGUAUGAUGGCGAGAAGUGGCAUACCGUUAAGCCCUCCUUGUCAUCGGACACCAUCAUUCGUGGCCUGCAGGUGUUUUCUGUAACUCAGGAUCAUGGAGACACUGACCUGCUGGACAAGAACCAGGUCUUGAUGCUAACAGGCUCUAUCGAUAUCCCCGACUUCGGAGUCGCUUCGGCAGCUCUCUUCAACGGCACAGUGUAUCAACCGUAUGCAAUGACGAUAAAGGCAGGCGAUGGUCCAGGCACCAUCGCCAGUAUCUUUUCUCAGAGGGAUAGUUUCUUCAAAGAAGAGAAGCACAUGGCUUUGGGCUUCGUGGUUCUUAUCGGCCUUGCUAUCGCACUUGGCUUGAUGCUUCUUCUUGUCCUUUGUGGCAUCAUCCUCGACCGUAUUCGCAAGAAGCGCGAGGGUUACGUCCCUGCGCCUACUUCCAUGUACGACCGAGGCAGCGGAAUGCGACACAUCCCGCCUCAUGAACUACUCGAGUCUCUUGGCCACGGUCGAGGCGGUGCACCACCUCGCGUCUAA